AUGUUGAUAAGCUGUGAUAAGGACGUAUCAUUGCCGAGAAAUCGUCAGCAGUCAUUCGGGCCGAGUGCCACAUCAAAACCGGAUCGAGAAUAUCCUUGUCCCAAACGAAAAUAUUGCUCAUUCCGAGUGGUACAGUCCAACUCGGGAGUCACUCAAUUGUUUAUUCCGGAUGGAACGUCGAAUUCAGAAACCGCGAAUUUCAAUCGAUCAUAUUCUUCGACUCAUAAUAAGCCUAAUGCAGUUCCGAGUUCGUCUUUACAAAGAAAUUUGAGAAGAUGCAAAAGUUUUGGUAAACGAAGUGGUCUCAAUUAUCGUCGAUCAAACGAUUGUAUUGUUCUGCAGCAUUCGGAAAUGAUCGUUGUGGACUACCCGGAUGUGAAACAUAUUCAUGUGAGCCAUCAAUCGACUGUACCGUCAACAGCAUCUCAUGCCUCGAGCGCUACUCACGCAGAUAUAAGCGAAAUGCGUAAAUCGAUUCAUUCGAUGAGUUUAGAUCCCGUACCAUUGUACAACAAUAAAACAACAGCCAACAAUAUCACAUCAACCACUUUAUCACCUUCAUCAGCAAUGCGCGCACCAUCUCCAAGGAAGAUAUCCUAUCCUCAAUCUCACGCCAAAACUCUGUCCGAAGCCCAAGCUCAGAUGAAAGCGCAAACUCAAGGGUCUAAAACAUACUCAAAUUCCAUCCAGUGCACAUCGAAUGUGCAGAAAGGUUCGCAGAAUAUUCCCCCGUUACCCGUGCCCCCGUCAAGUCGAAAUGCAGUCGAUAUGUCCUCAUCGUCAUCUGUUGGUACAGGAUCGAGUGCGGUACCAUCGACCUCAUCACAGCUAUCGGUUUCAAGUCGUUAUCAUAAUUACGAUAAUUUCAUGAAUCGAGAACGAGAUUCGUCGAGAAACGAUUGUGAAGCAACGGUUCAAACGCAUAAAAGUCAGGUCUACUUGAAUGGUUUGAAUUCAGCUGAGGAUGCGACAUUUGUGCGUGUAAAACAUCGUGGAAGAUCACAUAAAUCCAACUCAAUAAAUGGUGGUGUUAUUAAUAUGAAUAUUAAUGUGGGUAAUCAAAAGCAGAGAACACGCGUUCCGAGUACUGCAUCUUCGAGUACAAAUGAUGAUGAUUUGCAUGGUUUACCAGAAACAGCUGUAGACAGUGAGGAUGAAGAUGAUGAGUCGUGUCCAUCGCACGAUAGUUUUCAUGAGUUGAAAGAUUGUGUGCGAGAGUGUUUAGAGAAGGAGCCAAGUGAACGAAGUGCUGAUGAUUUGGCCAUUUUAUUGGACUUUAUGCAACAUAUGUCAGCAUUGGCCACACUCCCUCUAAGUAUCAAACGAGAGUUAUGCAUGAAAAUGGUGUUUGCGAUAGUGCCUGAUGCGGGCACCAUUGUGAUGGAGAAUAACGAGAAGAUCGAUGCGUGGUCGGUUAUUGUGAACGGUCAGGUGGAGGUGAGACGGCCGGAUGGACAACGAUUCGAGUACAAGCUUGGCGAUUGUUUCGGUGCGAAACCCGUGAAUACCGUUCAGUAUCAUGUUGGUGAGAUGCGAACUCUGGUGGACGACUGUGAAUUUGUGCUAGUGGAACAUCAAGAUUAUUGUCGAAUAAUGAGUCGAGUGUCUGAGCAUAUCCAUAAACAUUCGGACAAUAUCACUGGAGAGAUCGUUUGCGAGACUGAAACCAGGAGUGUCGGAAGUCAGGUGGGGCAAGUGUUGAUAAAAGGAAAUAAAGAGAAGCUGAUUGAGCAUCUGAUAGAUGAACGAGAUUGUGGUGUUGACGUGAAUUAUGCGGAUGAUUUCUUAUUGAUGCAUCGAGUGUUCAUUCAUGACCCGACCAUGAUUUUCGAGAAGUUAAUGCAUUGGUUCGCUGAAGCAACGCUCAGAGAUCGGGUUGCUAGAAUCGUUUUGUUGUGGGCGAAUAAUCAUUUCAAUGAUUUUGAGUGUAAUACGGAAAUGAUGAAUUUGUUGGAAAGAUUUGAGCAUGCACUGGAACGUGACCAGAUGUUUAGUCAACAGGUACGAUUUACUUCAAAUGUUUGA